AUGAGAGGUGCCCUCUUUGUUUUCGCUAUUCUUUGCAUUGUGCAAGCAUUGAAGAGUGCGUCAGGCCAGGGGUCAAGUACAUCGACUACCACUUUAAAAUUUGUUUUCAACUGUGCCUGUUGUCACAAGCGCCCCAGCCAAUUACAAAACGGUCUUCAUCGUUGGCGAUGUCUAUCAGGACAAAACAGCAGUGACUAUUAA